AUGAAAAAGGAAGAACAGGGUUUCCACCAACCAGAGGAGGAAGAACAGGGUUUCCACCAACCAGAGGAGGAAGAACAGGGUUUUCACCAAUCAGAGGAGGAAGAACAGGGUUUUCACCAACCAGAGGAGGAAGAACAGGGUUUCCACCAACCAGAGGAGGAAGAACAGGGUUUCCACCAACCAGAGGAAGAAGAACAGGGUUUCCACCAACCAGAGGAGGAAGAACAGGGUUUUCACCAACCAGAGGAGGAAGAACAGGGUUUUCACCAACCAGAGGAGGAAGAACAGGGUUUCCACCAACCAGAGGAGGAAGAACAGGGUUUCCACCAACCAGAGGAGGAAGAACAGGGUUUCCACCAACCAGAGGAGGAAGAACAGGGUUUCCACCAACCAGAGGAGGAAGAACAGGGUUUCCACCAACCAGAGGAGGAAGAACAGGGUUUCCACCAACCAGAGGAGGAAGAACAGGGUUUCCACCAACCAGAGGAGGAAGAACAGGGUUUCCACCAACCAGAGGAGGAAGAACAGGGUUUCCACCAACCAGAGGAGGAAGAACAGGGUUUCCACCAACCAGAGGAGGAAGAACAGGGUUUCCACCAACCAGAGGAGGAAGAACAGGGUUUCCACCAACCAGAGGAGGAAGAACAGGGUUUCCACCAACCAGAGGAGGAAGAACAGGGUUUCCACCAACCAGAGGAGGAAGAACAGGGUUUCCACCAACCAGAGGAGGAAGAACAGGGUUUCCACCAACCAGAGGAGGAAGAACAGGGUUUUCACCAAUCAGAGGAGGAAGAACAGGGUUUUCACCAAUCAGAGGAGGAAGAACAGGGUUUCCACCAACCAGAGGAGGAAGAACAGGGUUUUCACCAAUCAGAGGAGGAAGAACAGGGUUUUCACCAAUCAGAGGAAGAAGAACAGGGUUUCCACCAACCAGAGGAGGAAGAACAGGGUUUUCACCAAUCAGAGGAGGAAGAACAGGGUUUUCACCAAUCAGAGGAGGAAGAACAGGGUUUUCACCAAUCAGAGGAGAAAGAACAGGGUUUUCACCAAUCAGAGGAGGAAGAACAGGGUUUUCACCAAUCAGAGGAGGAAGAACAGGGUUUUCACCAACCAGAGGAGGAAGAACAGGGUUUUCACCAAUCAGAGGAGGAAGAACACGGUUUUCACCAACCAGAGGAAGAAGAGGAAUAA